AUGAAGUUGAAAGAUGAAGGAUUAGGCACUAAGGAUUUUAGAGCCAAAGCAUUAGGUACUAAAGGUUUUGGAACCAAAACAUUAGGUACUAAGGGUUUUGGAACCAAAGACUUAGGUGCUAAUAUUCGGGAAGCUGAAGUUUUGGGAACUAAUGGAGUAACUGUUUUUUUCCUUUUUGGUGACAUUAAUAAUGAUAGUAAGAGAAGAUGCUCAAGCACUAAUUGA